CCUUGAAAAUCUGUAACAUAUUUCAAAAUUUGGGAUAUUUUGCAGCUUUUAAUUCAAGAAACCCUAAUAGGGUCCCCUCCCCUCUUUUGUACAGCACUUGUCAAUAAAUUCAUAACCUCAGUGUACUCUCUCAGUUGAUAUCAUCCAUCCCAGACGCUCCUUCUUCGUUUCCCUUUGAAACAAUUUCCAGGGCUCGAUCUCCUUUUCCUUCUCCCUCUUACGUACUCUUAUUUGUUUUCUUUUGCACUCUUAUACAGAGAGCCUGAGAGAGAGAGAGAGAGAGAGAGAGAGAGAGAGAGAGAGAGAGAGAGAGAGAGAGAGAGAGAGAGAUGGGACAUCACACAUGCUGCGACAAACAAAAGGUAAAGAGAGGGCUAUGGUCACCAGAGGAGGAUGAGAAACUAAUCAACUACAUAUCCACCUAUGGCCAUGGAUGCUGGAGCUCAGUCCCUAGACUUGCUGGUCUGCAAAGAUGUGGGAAGAGCUGUAGAUUAAGAUGGAUAAAUUAUCUACGGCCCGACUUAAAACGUGGGAGCUUCUCUUCCCAAGAAGCCGCUCUCAUCAUCGAACUCCAUAGCAUUCUUGGCAACAGAUGGGCUCAAAUAGCUAAACAUUUACCGGGAAGAACAGAUAACGAGGUAAAGAACUUUUGGAAUUCAAGCAUAAAGAAGAAGCUCAUCUCUCAUCACAAUCAUCAUGUUCAUGGCCUCUCCGAUCAUCAUCAUCUAGCAGCCACCACAUUUCCUUAUCACCCAAACCCAAAUUUCCCUUUUGAAUGUUUCCUCACACUCAAUCCAAACCAUAAUUUCAUCCCCAACCCAUUCACAUCAGUCAUAGCCCAAGGUCUUGAUAGUCCCAGUUUCCUUCCCCUAGACCCUCCUUCAUAUGAUCACUCCUCAUUGUCACAGGACUAUAACCACCCUCCACAAAUUGAUCAGCAAAAUUUUCUCAGACAAGAGGAGUGCAUGAUCAGCUACACCACCGCCCCAUGUUAUAAAGUUACAAACCCGAAGAAGACAGUACUACCGCCGUACGAUGAUCCACCUGAACUUGUGGGGCCUUCCAUGCCAAAACUCUGUGAGAUGAUCGGCUGUGCUAUGCUAUCCUCAUCAACUGCUUCACAUGACCCUACUGCUGCAACAAGUGAUCUUGGUACAUUUUUGCCAUGUGAUUUUUAUUCACGUGAUCUCCAUGUGCCAACCAAUCAAAUGGAAAUCAUUGAUGCUAUCAUGUCAUCAUUGCCGUUAACAUGCAACAACCAAUUUGUGACAAACCCUAAUUUCUCUACAAGCUGGGAUCCCUAGACUGGACGGUAUGUGUUGGUAUUUUGGGUCCAUUAUAUGGGUUGUUAUUUAUUACAACUCAUUUAUUUCUGAAGGAGUAGUCUCGCAGACACAGAUGUCCAAACAUGGAUCAUGUCACAUGCAUGUAUACAUGUGUGAAAUCUUUCGAUGCACGCGAUGAACGCCGCACGAUGCAGGUGAAAUCUACAUGUAUUGAACGGUUGCAGACAUAUCGGUGUCUAGAUUAAUGUCCACAACAUUUUUCCUUCAAAAGUGGUCAUGCCAACUUCCUGUUCUGUCACAUUUGUAAAAUUCUGUGGGGAUUGAAAAACAUUAAAAUGUUGCUAGUUAGUUGUCCUACUUUUGAAUGUUUCCAUUCUUGAAUGCCUUGUCACCUUAAUUAAAUACUUGUGUCUCAAUAGUGUUUCUCCUGUGAAGUACUCUAUAGUCAA